UUUUUUAUUUUAUAGCAACAUAAUUAUAUUUUCAAUUUUAUUUCAUAUUAACAGUGUGCACGUGUGUGUGUGCGUAUGUGUAAAAAAUAAGUUCGUAAAAUGCGUUUAUUAUAUGGAGAAUCGGAUGAAAAAUUCGUAUCGCCUAAGGCGAGUGAGCUGAUUGAUGCAGUGAAAGAGCAUACGAAUAUAGACGAAUAUAAUUAUAAGGAAAAUCCGUUUGUUAGAGUAUCGAAAGGAAGUGAUAUCGAUAAAAACUCCUUACCGAUUGUAUUCAAGGUUUCACCAGAUACUUUACUCAAUAUGGCGGCAUUGGUGGCGGAUCGAAUUCCACUGCCAUCGGUAUAUGAUUGGUCCAUUGAGGAUGUCUGUCGCUGGAUACGAAAGUUUGGCUAUAGACAAUAUCAGAAUACCUUCCGCGUCAACCUCAUUACGGGACGUAAACUACUUUUGGUCGACGCCACGGCGCUCACUUCAAUGAAUAUAAAAAACUUUGAAGAUAUCAAACGCAUUUCGUACGGCAUCCGUCAACUAUUUUACUUUGAGAUGACAAAGUUUAUGCACAGCAUCUCAUUACCGCCGCAGUACUAUAAUGAGUUAUAUAAACUUUUUCGUACUAAAAGCGGUUACACUUUUGACAUAACCAAACGCUCGGAGCUAUGGCGACGCAUGCAAUUGAUACGUAAGAGUAAACCAUAUCUGUCACACUGGGAUACACUGGAACGUUGGUUGAUGCGCGCACGUGAAACUGAACCGGAACUCUUCGGCGGUGUACCACACUAUCGCCUGUAUCGUUGUAAUGUGGCACUGAAGCCAACAGCGCAAAUGCAAGCAAAACAGGCAGUUAAUGCGUGUACAUGUAUGCCACCAUGCUUUUGCUAUCACACCGAAAGACACUUUAAACCGCCAACAGUAUUCUCAUUGCUUAAAGCGACACGUACACCUGAUCAAGCGUAUACAUGCCCGAAGGAACGUUGUAGCAACGGUGUGCCACCCUGCACCUGCCAUUGGAAGUCAUCACAUUAUAAAUUCAAUCAGACAUUAUCGUGUUUACGUAAAGAGCUUCCACAUCGUUAUGGUAAUAGGAAGCAUACAAUGGCGCUUUCAUUUUUGGACUCCAACGGGAUCAGUCGUCCGACUUUAAUCUAGAAACUUAUAGAAAUUUGUAAUAGUUAUGUUUUACAAUAAUAAAAAUGGGUAAAGAGAUGAAAUCAAGGAA